UGUGUGAGCGGUGCUGAGGGAGGAGAGGGAGUGAGAUGAAGAAGAAGAAGAAGAACAUGCUUCUUUUGUAACAGUCCGUCGCAAAGUGCCGGUGUCGUUUGGAUGGAGACAAAUCCUGAUGGUGCUGUGAGCCUCAAAUAUUUUGGAGUCAUCAACCAAAGAGUGGCUACAUUAUGGGGAGUGUCAGUGAAUUAUGCGCUUCCAGUUUUCAGGCGUUUUUGUGUCCGACGGUGACGUCUUUGGAAUCAGCUGCUGCUCCUGCUACGAAAGUGCCCGACGACCUCAGUCCAGAGGAGAGACAGGAGCUGGAGAGCAUCCGCCGCAGAAAACAGGAGCUACUGCAGGACAUACAAAGGCUGAAGAAUGAGAUAGCAGAGGUCACCAGCGAGAUUGAUAACCUGGGCCUGACUGAAGAAAGGAAAAGCAUGCAGAGAAAUAAACAGAUGGCCAUGGGCCGGAAAAAGUUCAACAUGGACCCCAAAAAGGGGAUCCAAUUCCUGAUUGACUGCUCAUUGCUGAAAAACACCAGCGACGACAUCGCACGCUUCCUCUACAAGGGCGAGGGCCUCAACAAGACGGCCAUCGGCGAUUACCUCGGAGAGAGAGACGACUUCAACAUCGAGGUGCUGCACGCCUUCCUGCAGCUGCACGAGUUUUCGGACCUGAACCUGGUCCAGGCCCUGCGGCAGUUCCUGUGGAGCUUCCGUCUUCCCGGUGAGGCUCAGAAGAUUGACCGCAUGAUGGAGGCCUUCGCCCAGCGCUACUGCCGCUGCAAUCCCGGCGUAUUUCAGAGCACAGACACGUGUUACGUGUUGUCCUUCGCCGUCAUCAUGCUCAACACCAGUUUGCACAACCCCAACGUGAAGGACAAGCCCUCCGUUCAGAGAUUUACCGCCAUGAAUCGAGGCAUUAACGACGGUGGAGAUCUGCCAGACGAGCUUCUCCGAAACCUGUUUGAAAGCAUCAAGAACGAGCCCUUUAAAAUCCCAGAGGAUGACGGCAAUGACCUCACACACACUUUUUUCAAUCCCGACAGAGAGGGCUGGUUGCUGAAACUCGGAGGUGGACGCGUAAAAACUUGGAAGAGGCGCUGGUUCAUCCUGACUGAUAACUGCCUUUAUUAUUUUGAGUUCACAACAGACAAAGAACCCAGAGGGAUCAUUCCCUUGGAAAAUUUGAGCAUCCGUGAAGUGGAUGACUCAAAGAAGCCGAACUGCUUUGAGCUCUUCAUCCCGGACCACAGAGAUCAGGUGAUCAAGGCCUGUAAAACGGAGGCGGACGGCCGCGUCGUUGAGGGCAACCACACUUUUUACAGAAUCUCCGCCCCCACCGUAGAGGAGAAGGACGAGUGGAUCAACAGCAUCAAAGCCGCCAUUAGCAAGGACCCCUUCUACGAGAUGCUGGCCGCUCGCAAAAAGAAGGUUUCCACUUUGAAGGGCGUGUAGUGCGCGCAUACACAAAGGUAUGACUGAUGAGUGCUGCUGGGGGAAAGAAAACCCACUGUUGCACCUUCAUUUCCCCAACUGCAGAGUCAACUAAUUUCAUAUAUGAACCACCCUGUUGUCUAUUUUGGGUGGGAAGCUGACUGAACAAUUUACAACUCAUGAAAGACAAUCCAAAAAAAAUUGGACCUUUUCACGUUUUUGUUUCUACCCCCCAUACCCCCCUCCAUGCUUUCAAAGCACGAUUAGUGGAACUGGAAGUGAUUGAAGGCGUUGUUUGGUAUUUAUUUGUCCUUAUUUAUUGUUUUUGUCUGAUUAAAAGUUUACAACCAA